CCCUUUCCUGGCGUGACUUAACGCACGCAAGCGGCUCUAGGGUACGCCGCCGCCACGCGCGCUCGCACGAUCGGUGCGCAGUGACGUUUCGCCGGCGCGGGCGCCAUCCCGGAAGCGCGAGCAAGGCCGCCAGAUGUGCAGGUGCCGCCGCUACCGACGCCGGGGCCGAGUUUGGGGUGGGGCUGGGGACUCCAGGGCCGCGGGGAACCGGUCCGGGUCGGGCGCGGUCCCCGGGCUGCGGUGGGGUGGGGUGCGCCGCUGGCCACAUCUGGUCAUUCCUGCUGCGCACAGGCCUCAGUUUCCCCGUCUGCUCAAUGGAUACGCAGGCGGCGCUACGGGCUGGAUCUGGAUCCGGAUCCGGAUCAGGGGCAUAGGAAUUGGGGCCUCCUGUGUUCUGGGUGUGUCGUGUAACCUGGAGCUGGGCGUUGCCUGGUUUGUGCCUCAGUUUCCCCGUAUUGUAGGGGACGGGGCGUGAGGGGAUAUUUGAGCCCCUCCCCACUUGGGGUUUUUCAGAGCUUGGAUGGCUGAGUUAAAUUCUGUUAAAUAACCUGGAUAUAGAACCGUGGUGCUUCUCUGCCUCUCCCCGUGAGUUUCGGCAACGGAGCCCACCCCUGUGAGCCUCAGUUUCACUCGGAGAUGAUUGUGUCUGCCUCGUAACGGUGAUUGAGGAUGAAAUGAAGUGCUCUACAAGUGUUUGCCCGUAAUAUAUUCUUAGAGGCCCCUGGGAUGCUCUCAAAAUGUUGAUUUCUGGGCCCUGUCCCGGGACUUCUUCACACUCCUCUUGGAGAAACAGCCUGUCCUGAGCUCCAGUCGUUAUCACCUUUGGUUUCAGUUGCCACAGACAGCACUGUGAGAUCUUCAUUCUACCUUAUUCUCAUUUUAUGGUUGAAAAAACUGAUUCGGAAGGGUGAAGUGGCUCUCCCAUGGUCAAACAGCCUACCUCUCUGCGUUUCUUCAAUAAAUCUACAUUUGGAAUUGGGAUCAGAGCUCUUGCUGGGUCAAUUUCACUGUGUAUGUGGGCCAUACUAGCAGUAAUCAGGGAAGGCUUCUUGGGAGAGGAAGUUGUGGGGGGACGGGAGGGAGGUGCCAGGAACCCCUCAGCCCUCACAUCUGGGAGCCAGAGACAGAAAAGAGUCCUGUUUUGAAGGAGGAGUGUAUCCCAGAAGGUCCCAAUACUGUGCCUCACUGGUACUAGCUAUGGGCCUCCCUCUCCAGGUGUCUUUUUUUUUUUUUUUUAAGUUGAGAUGGAGUCUCCCUCUGUAGCCCACACUAGAAUGCAGUGGCUUGGUUUUGGCUCAUUGCAACCUCUGCCUCCCGGGUUCAAGCGAUUCUCCUGCCUCAGCCUCCUGAGUAGCUGGGACUACAGGUGCCCGCCAUCAUGCCUGGCUAAUUUUUGUAUUUUUAGUAGAGACGGGGGUUUCACCAUGUUGGCCAGGCUGGUCUUGAACUGACCUCAGGUGAUCCACCAGCCUUGGCCUCCCAAAGUGCUGAGAUUACAGGCAUGAGCACUCGGUCCAGGUAUCCUCUUUAUACAAGAUCAUGCUUCUUUGGGAAUGUGGAGACUGUGGGUGUCUCUGCGUGGCAUGUCAUAGGAGUUCAAUAACCAUAGCUAUUAUUAGAGGGAAGGGGGUUUCGCCAGGUGUGGCACCUUAUUUCUAGAAGGUGCUGCAAACCACUGACCAGAUUCAGAUCACAAAUAGAUACCCUUGGCCUCCAUGAUAUUUUGGAAAAAAGUAUUGAUUGCUAACAUUUGUCAAUGAGGCAAUUUCCCAGAAAAAAAAAUCCCUGUUUCCUGUUUUUUCCUGGAGAAACGUCAGAAGUCGGCCAGAAAUCAGCUGCUGUAAGAAGCCACUGUCCUGUCACAGCUGGAUAUUGUGUACCUGUUCAGAUUCACACCUUUGUGAGACCUGUGGGCUGUGGCCAUUUGUUGUGAGUUAGGUUCACUGGCUGUGUGACAGUGGCCCAGUUUCUCAGUGUCCCUGAGCCUCAGUUUUCUCAUCUAUAAAUAAGGAUGAUAACAGUAUUAUGAGCUUGAUGCUUUGUUUAGCAUAGAGUAGCUGCUGAAUAAAUGGGAGAGUACAUUAAGUGAGCUCUGAAACCCUUUCUUUCUUUUUCUUUCUUUCUUUUCUUUCUUUCUCUCUCUCUCUCUUUCUCUCUCUCUCUCUUUCUCUCUCCUCUCUCUUUCUCUCUUUCUCUCUCUCUCUUUCUUUCUUUCCUUCUUUCCUUCUUUCUUUCUAGAUAGAGUCUCACUCUGUCGCCCAGGCUGGAGUGUAGUGGCGUGAUCUCGGCUCACUGCAACCUCUGCCUCCCAGGAGAAUUGCUUGAACCUGGGAGGCGGAGGUUGUGCUAAGCCAAGAUCUUGCCAUUGCCCUCCAGCCUGGGAGUGAAACUCCGUAUCAAAAAGAAAUAAAAAAACGAGGUCAAGUAGUAAAAGAAGCGGUAAGAGUGACUGGAACAGGAGUCUUUGACCUCUUGGGAGAGGAGACAUUGAAGGUGGUGAUGAUUUGCUGAAGCUGCCACACACGUUCAGCUUGUGAAGACAGCAGUUGUGAGGCAGGGGAUGAGGGAGGAAGCUGGCAGAUCUGUGCAGGUGAGAGGUGCCUGUGGCCUUGGGCUCAUGGAAGUGGGAGAUGAUGGGAUUCUAAUGUGCUUGGGUACAGUUUACAAAUAACAACCUCUCUUAGUUUGCCCAAUACCUCCAAAUUCCUGGGGUGGCACACCUGAGGUUCAGGUGGCAUGACUGAGCCGCAGUCACACAUCCCCACUGUAGGAUACCACCACGGUUGGGUUAGAUUCCAGCACAUGGGGGUCCCGGCCUGGCCUCUUGGUCCCACCUCACCUGGUGACUGGUGCAGACCACUCUGUUCUUGCCUGUUUCAGGCAGCGGAGGAGGAGGAAGAGAUGGACCUCCCGGACUCGGCCUCGAGGGUCUUCUGCGGCCGCAUCCUGAGCAUGGUGAACACAGAUGAUGUCAACGCCAUCAUCCUGGCCCAGAAGAACAUGCUGGACCGCUUUGAGAAGACCAAUGAGAUGCUGCUCAACUUCAACAACCUGUCCAGCGCCCGCCUGCAGCAGAUGAGCGAACGCUUCCUGCACCACACGAGGACCCUGGUAGAGAUGAAACGGGACCUGGACAGCAUCUUCCGCCGUAUCAGGACACUGAAAGGGAAACUGGCCAGGCAGCACCCAGAGGCCUUCAGCCAUAUCCCAGAGGCAUCAUUCCUAGAGGAAGAGGAUGAAGACCUCAUCCCACCCAGCACCACGACCACCAUUGCCACCUCAGAACAGAGCACGGGCUCAUGUGACACCAGCCCUGACACCGUCUCACCCUCCCUGAGCCCUGGCUUCGAGGACCUGUCCCAUGUCCAGCCUGGCUCUCCAGCCAUCAACGGCCGCAGCCAGACAGAUGACGAGGAGACGACGGGCGAAUAGCUCUGCUGCCCGGUGCCUUGAGGGGGUCUCAGGGCAGCGGCAUACAAGGCGGCAGCGGGUAACCCUGCCUUGUUCUGUCACCCAGGGCUCUUUUGCUGCCCCGUUCUGUCACCCAGGGCUCCUAGGGGGACAAGGCUCUCUCCCGAGGGGUGUGGAAUUCCUGGGGGGGUCUUUAAUUCUGGCUCCUUCCUUCCUCAGAACAUCUCUCUUCUGCAAGACCCCUCUGCCAUGCCAGGGCACGCCCAUUCCAGCUGGAGUCCCGGGGCUGGGCGCAGGGGAAUUUUUCCAGAGCUGAGCCUGACGUCUGCUCUGAAGAAUGCUUAAAAGGUUCCCAGAGACCAGAGCCAGAUGUCCCCCACCCCUGGUCAGGACCUCCUUGAGGUGCACAAGCACGGUCUCUGAGUUCACCCCAGCCCACCCCCGCACCCACUAAUUCUGCUUUUCCUGCCCCUUGCUCCGUAAAAGUAUCAAAUACUUUCUCCUUGGUAUCUCAAGGAGGUUUCUGAGAUAGGUAGAAGUCUUGAGACGGAGGCUGGCCAUCCAUUCAGCCGUGAGCGUACUGAGGCCUGUGUUUCUCUGAAUAGAGGUGUGGAACCUGAGGAGCCAGCAGGCCUCUCUGAAGGCCUCCAUGGAGCAAACAGAGCCACCUCGGGAAAGAGUUUAAUGGAAUAUUUUUGUACCCGAUGUUUACAGAUGCUGUUGGGAAGUUAUCAAUAAAAAGACACCAUUACUAAAAAGGGAAAA